AGCGUAUGUUUAUAUGAAUAUAAACCCGUAAUAACAAGCUUAACUGAAUCUAUAAAACAUUUUAUCCCUGGGUUGAUAUGGCUAUUUAUUUGAUGCCUCAUUUUCUUUGCAGAAUCGAUUAAUAAAACCUCCCACAUCCAACUCCCAUUUGUGAAUAGAUGAUCAGUGGAAUACAAGCAUAAUUGAUUAUACACACCAAAUGGCUUAAACAUGACAGUGAUCUAUAGGAAAGGUGAACAAUGUUAAUACAGUCUUUUGAACUCUGUACGCCAAUAAUCAAACAACUGAAAACAAUGUUAAAGCAUUUUCUGAUCUUCCUUUUUCACUGUCAGGCUCGAUUGUCUUUCCAUCUUCAUGUUUUUAACACCUGCUUAUAUCACAACCACUCAAACGUUAAAAUGCACUGGCCUCUACAUAUGAGAAAGUCAGAGCUUGUGUUUUUAAAUUCAUCUUGACAGCUUGCAACAGGGUGAUGCUUCGUUUGUUAUGAGAUAUAGCUCUAUUCGGGCACAAUGCCUCCUGCGUAAUAGGAUAACAUCAUUUUACGCAUUCAAUUCAUUGAAAAAUAAGUGACGUUUUCUGUUCUAGGAUGCGUUGUUUAGAAAGUGCAAAUGUGACCAGUGCUCCCAAAUUAGCUAUUUGGACAGAAGCACUGUAUGUUUAUGCAGAAUUUGGUCAGGAAUCAAUCAAUCCGCCGGUUUCGCCUCCUCCCUCUCGCCUAGUUGUGAUGUCUCAUGUUGUGUUGUGACAGCGCUGGUAUUGUUUAUUGAGGUGGAUGUCAGGUAUAAUUAGCAAUCGAUAUGGAAAACGUUUUGUGUCGUGGGUCUGACGUCACCGGCGCCUGACGUUCCCCAUUGGUCGCGAAUUCCCUAGCGCGAGACCUAGUUAUUUGGACAAGAGGAGAGUUGAUGUUGACAAAGUAGGAAAGAGCAAAAACCUCGACGCCUCCCUCGGUCUCUUUACUUCUCGUAGGGAGCGCAAAGCAUGUCCACGUUUACCGCUCCACGGCUGCUGCGUGCGCUCUGAGAGGGAGCCUGUUUGCUACACGCGCUUCCUUGAUCCGGAGAUGCAAUGAUGGACAGCCGGAUCCUCGAGCAUCCUCAUGCCCAGUUUGGAGGCUCUUUGGGAGGCAUGGUUGGAAUGGGUUUCCCCUACCACCUCGGCCACCAUCAUGUUUACGAUCUCUCCGGACACCAGCUACAGUCGGCAGCCGCUGUGCCGUUUUCCAUAGACGGAUUACUUAACGGAUCGUGCUCGGCGUCUGUUGCAAACUCCAACCCGUUGCUCGGAUCUGGAUGUCGCGUUAACGGGGAUAGUCAGUAUAAACUCAGUGAUGCCGGAGACGCCGACAAGGAAAGCCCUGGUUGUAAAAGAAGGCGAACACGUACAAAUUUUACAGGCUGGCAGCUGGAGGAACUGGAGAAAGCGUUCAACGAAAGCCAUUAUCCGGACGUGUUCAUGCGCGAGGCUCUCGCGCUACGUCUAGACCUUGUUGAGUCACGUGUUCAGGUGUGGUUCCAAAAUCGGCGAGCAAAAUGGCGCAAAAAAGAGAACACGAAAAAAGGGCCUGGUCGACCGGCCCACAACUCUCACCCCACUACGUGCAGCGGCGAACCAAUGGACCCGGAGGAAAUCGCACGACGAGAGUUGGAGCGCAUGGAAAAGAAGAAGCGCAAACAGGAACGCAAAUUGCUCAAGUCCCAGAACAAGUUUUUAGCGGGUGAGCUCUUCCAUACACCCGGAUCUGACAGCGAUAGCGGAGUAUCACAGAGCACAGAUAGCGAGUCCACUCCCCAGUCUAACGCCCACCGACAGCAACCAGAUAUAUGUGACCAACAUCUACGGCACCAAAGAUCCUCCGGGUCCAUCCUCGAGUCAGCUGAGCCCACGGACCCCACACGGAACUCUGCCAUGUGUCCUGCGAGUGGCAUCACGCGAGCCUCCGCGCUCCAGAAACUCAGUCCAUUUAGUGUAGAGAGUUUACUGGCCGACUCGAGUCCCCGAAGGAAAACUAUUGUGGAUUUUUCCCAGUUACCACCGCAGCGACCGCUGGUUGGUAAAGGCCAUUUUCUUCUGUAUCCCAUUACUCAACCCCUGGGUUUCAUAGUACCACAGACAGCGACCAAAACAAAUCAGGAUUCAGUAAACAAGGGUGCCACCACAGACACCUCAAACUCGAACCUGCACGGGUCUGUACACGUUACAAAGACUAACAAUCAGCUGCGUAAAGACGCAAGUGCGGAUGCGGUCGUAAACGGUGAGCUGCAAAGAGAAAGUCAGAACUCUCCAACGCAAGCGGAGAAAUCAGUGGAAAGUUUUGCUGAAUCAAAUUCACCACCAAACGAAUCCGAAUCCACUGUCACAAACUCUACCCAGAAGGAAAGCAUCUCGGACACGAAAACGUGCAGUUCUGCUGACGCAAAUACUGAUGGAGAGGACGUUGACAUGGAUUGACAUUUAAGUUGACCAGGAGCCGAGCUGACCUGUCACAAACCCAAAGCUGAUCAUGACACGUUUUUGUAUACAAGACUUUGAAUUAGUUUUUAUACUUUUCAAAAAUGGAUAUACUUUAUUCAGGUGGACGAUCGUUUUUCUAUUAUUUUGGCUUUAAUGUCUGUUGUUAUUUCAGCAACACAGCUAACUUGAAGGAACAAGUUGGCUCACGAGCAGGAUACAAAAACAACACGAAUCCUCAAAACGCUGUAUAAAUGAUAAAGUAUCGAAGAUAUUUAUAUAUGUAACAUUUUGAUAAGUAAUAAUAAUAAAAAUAUUGUGAAAGAAAA